UCUUUUUUUUAUGAUUUUCUCGAUUUUGAUCAGUACAAAUCAAUAAUGUGUAUUUCAUUAUUGAAUAUAAUCAAGUUCCUCGGACUUGUACGGUACCAUGUUUGUCAUCCACUUCAAAUGUGUUUACUUGUGCUUUUCCUAUCACCAGGGGACAGGCAAAAUCGUAGCACUCAGACUAAUGGGACUGUCCAAAAUGCAGCAUCUCGGAAGUGAAGAAUUUUCGAAGCUGCCCAAUUUACGAUUCUUGGAAUUAGAGGGCGGGAACUUGGUAGGGGACUUUAAGAAUCUUCUCUCUGAGUUAACAUGGCUCUCUUGGAAAAAUUGCCCUUCGAAAUUAUACGCGACAAAUCUAUGUCUCGAGAAAUUAGCCGUGCUCGAGCUUUUGGACACUUCCAUUAAUGAAGAUUGGGCUGGAUGGGGGCCAUGCCUGGUGAGCGAGAACUUGAAAGUUAUCCAUAUCGCUUUUUGCCCAAACUUGAUGAGGAUUCCUGACCUCUCGAAAUGCAAGAAUUUGGAAAGAAUGGUUCUUCAUUGUUGUACAACCUCGCUAGUGAUUGAUGGCUCUAUCUCUACACUAGAGCAGCUGCAGCACUUGCACAUCGAUGGAUUUUUUAGGGGGCCUGACAAUGGCAACCUUCUUGCCGUACCUUCUGCAUUAGGUGGUCUAAGAUCCCUGUCAAGGCUAGAAUUAGAAAGAAUGCAUGUUGGAGAACUUCAUUAUUCCGUUGGAGAGAUGACGCUUUUGAAGUAUUUGUCUUUACAGGUUUGUUCACUUGGAAAACUUCCAGACUCUUUUGGAAAAUUGAAAUCACUGCUUGAAUUGAACUUGGCUCUUACGGGAAUCAGAGAGUUGCCUCAUUCUAUUGGAGAUCUUAAAAUGUUGACGAAGAUGAAUCUUUUUAUGACUCCGAUAAAGAAGCUACCGGACUCAAUAGGAGGGCUAGAGUCCUUGAUUGAGCUACGUUUGGUGGGUACACAUAUCACAGAAUUACCCGCUUGUAUUGGGGAUCUCAAACGAUUGGAAAUUCUAGAUGCAAGUGAGAGUAAUAUAAGAGUGCUACCAAAGGCCAUAGGGAUGCUGGAGAAUCUUAAAGCGUUGAAAGUCUCAUCUCGUAGGAACCAGGGAUAUGUCACGUUUCCUCCUACCGAUUUGGCUACUCUUUCUCAGCUUCAGGUUCUUGAAAUUUAUGUUGACCCCCGAUCUCUGAUAGGGCUUCCGUCCAGUCUCGAGGAUUUGACUCUACACAAUCUCAAUUUACCGAUGGAAAGGUUACCAUUUUCCAACUUGACAAAUCUAGCCCGUUUAAGCCUUGAGAAUUGUUGCCUAAGGGAGGUCGAGUUCGAACAUGUGCUUGGACAGCAGCCGGAGAAACUCAGAAUUUUGGAAGUGAGCUCUAGGGACUCGCUUGAGAGGCUAUCCGUAUCGACGUUAAAGGGGCUCCAAAUGUUGACAGUGUUUGGUUGCCCGGGACUAAUGGAGAUUCAAGGUGUGGAGAAAUUGGAAUCGCUGGUGUCAUUGAGGGUUGGCGAAGGUAGUCGCUUAAGAAGGUUGCCCGAUCUAUCAGAAUUAAAGAAGCUACAGAAUUUGGAUCUCGGUCAAUGUCCACUGCUAGAUUUGCCCGCUCUACGCCUCCCAGACAUGUGUUAUUUGCACAUUUAUGGAUGCGGGAAUUCGUCACGCUUUCAUGGCAAAUACAAAGAUUGGAAGGAUAGUCAGUAUAGAAAAAACCAUCUCAUAUUCUCUUGCGGUUGGUAUAGCGCGGCAGUGCUUGGUAUCAAACAGGAGUAGGAGAUGCUGUGUCCGGUCUCGGACACCACCAAGGAUCUCCUGCGGAGGAUUGUCGCGGUUCAGGGUACCCAGCCAGGAUGGAGGUCCAUUGGCCAUCAUAAUUGGCAUAGUACUUUGCUCUCUUUUCUUAUGUUCUUUGUUUGUGAGGACUAGCGAAAAUGUAAGUCAUGAUACCACUUGUGAUUAA